UCCCACUUCCACGCCGGAUUUCCAAAAAAAGGGGGCUGACUGGCAAAAAGGACGACAACACCGGAAUGAGGAAAUUGUCGAGAGGCAAAGCCAUGUGCAAAACAAAGUUGCUCAUCGCUGAUAACCAUACCACCUGAUGAGCCAGAGGGUCACUCCAUUCAAGUCUCCCAGAGGUGGUCCGCUUCUCCGUCCCUUGUCUCCGAGACGUCCAGCAGACAAACAGCCACGAGCUCCCUGCCCUGCACCCAGUGAUGUCUGUCCUCCUCAUCACAGUGUUGUCCUCACUCCUAGUGCGCGAUGCUGCGGCGUGGGGCGCCAAUGUCAAGUACGCGGUGAACUGCCCCGACCGGUGCAACGUGGAGCGGUGCGGCGGGACGCAGCGUUGCACACGGACGGUGCUGGAUGACUGCGGCUGUUGCCAGGUCUGCGCAGCCGGCAGAGGAGAACACUGUUACCGCACGGUGUCGGGGAUGCACGGGGUGAAGUGCGGACCGGGAUUAUUCUGCGAGUUCUACAAAGACGAGGACGAUUAUGGAGACGAAUAUGGCAUUUGCAAAGACUGUCUGUAUGGAACCUAUGGGAUUGAGUGCCGCAAGACAUGCAGCUGCAAAGGUGGCAUAUGUGACAGGGAGACUGGAGCUUGUCUCACGCUCAAAUUCUUUGCCAAAAUCGCCGGCAAACUCAAGACUGAUCCUCAAGAAGGGGGAGAGGUGGGCUCAGGAGAGGUCAGCACUGCCCAGAACACAGAUCAACAUAAGGACAGAUCCGCCGCUCCGAAGCGGCUCAACCCUCGCUGACAAGUGCUGACAAGACUGAAUCUAUUCAGUGUAAAUGUAGCAUUAACUUAUAAAUGAACUGAAAGAUAUAUUUUAUUAUGUUAAACAAUGAGAAACUUUUUUACAGCAUUUGGAAGUUUUGUUUUGUUUGUUUGCUACUCGUCUGACUCAAGCAUCUUUUCUAAUGAAAUACACAGGACUAUGUUAUUCUCUUCAAAUUCUCUUUUUCUCUGUUCUUCUGUCUGCUUCUCAAGAUUAACCCGGAGUGUGUCCCCUUGAGCUGCAGUGUAGACCUCAUUUAGUGUGCCUUCAUACAUUAUUGUUGAGAAAAAGAAAAGUUAAUGUCACAAGAAAAGGACCUUGCAUUUAUUUUCAAACUGGACACGGCAACAUUUAUCAUGGAUUCAUUGUAGUCCACUGAAUAUUUUGAAGUUUUCCAUCAUGAUAUCUUAUUUGUACUGUAUUUAUGAAAAGCGGACAUGGAAAAUAUCAUGUAUGUGACACCUGCCAAUGUAAAGAAUGCACUCACAAUUAAACCAAAGUUAUCACGGACUCGUUUAAUUUUGUUUCAUUGACUAAAAGUGGAA